AUGUUCUCUGAAUCAACACUCACUUCCACAGCCACAAUCACCACCCCACCUGCACCCGAACCUGUAAUCGCUGACAAUUCAAACUCUACUUCAACCCGCGAGCCUUCCACACUUCCUACCUCACGCCAAGCAUCUGUCACACCACUCCAACCAUUGUCGCCACCACCAACAGUUAUAGUAGAAGCACCUCCACUUUCAGCUACAACAGCCGAGACACCUUCACAACCUGACACACCGACACACAGCAAGCCUAAUACAGGAACGAAUGGGACCACAGCACCAGCAGUAGGAGUACCAACAUCAAGUGUGCACAUUCCAGCAACUUUGAAUGGACUGGAACGUGGACCUCUUGGCCUUGCACCCGAUGAAGAGGAAUGGGUUAGGGACAAGAUGGAAUACGCCCUGCAUGACUUCCGAGUGUUGUCGUUGGCGAUCAAGCGGUACCGGUGGCAGCUCGGUCAGGUGCCCAAGGAUGUCGGUCGAUUACAGAGUCUCAAGGAGAAGCACAUGGAUGAUCCUUUUGAGUUCCUGCGUCAAGUCAAAUCCAAGGAGUUUCGUUAUCCUGAAGGUCAAAAGACUCUCCCGGCGCCUUCGAUCGAGUGGACAAAGUACCAAUUCCCACCGGCGAACCCUGUCCUUCCAACAAAGCCCCAGACCACCACAUUCUUGAACGCGAUGUCGAUAUCAAGCAGCAACGACAGAUCAAACGGAAGCAACAUUGUAUCUCUGGCGCGGAGCAAUCGGUCAAGAGCAGGAUCACCAUCAUAUGAGCGUAUGCGGACCGUCAAGGAUACAGCAAGGAACCUCGGGAUCCAUGUCAGCCACCACAGUCACUACCAACAUCUCCAUUCUACUCAACUGUACCGUCAUGACUCUGGAGCAAAUGGGGUCGAUGAGUUUGCGAGAGCCGGAAACGAUAUCGACGCAUUCUCGCGGCAGGCUUCUCAGGAGGCCUCUCAGACGGUUUUUGGAGGACACAAUCAGUCGCCAAGUGUGGCACCAAAGAGCCAGGACAUGGAGGGAGUGACAUUCACUGGUCAGGACCAAUCCGCUAUAGGAUUCCGUGCGCGGUCCGCUACUGUCUCGGAAAGUACCUCAGCAUCAGCAGGAGCAUCGUCGUAUUACCCAGCGACAGUUGCAGCGUCAUCAUCAUCAUCAUCAUCGACACACCAGACCUUACCGUACAUUGCUCCAAACAACUUUGCAAACUUUGAGCCCACUCCAGGAGGUCCGGCCAAUAUCACGAUCAGUCAUGCUCCAGGAUUCACCACCACACACCAUACCAGCUUUAGCACCAGCGGUAACAACAACAUCACCUAUAAUCAUAUGAGCGGGAGUGUCGACAUUCAGCCUGGGACCACCAAGGGCAAGGGUUAUUCUCGUGAGGGAAGCGGUGCGCGUGAUGAGCCAAAACCACCAUUGUACAACAUCCCCUGGAGCGACGAGGAACAACGACUGCUGGAGAAAUUGUUGGACGAGUAUCCGGAUGAGCCCGUGGCUGCGCAACGGUUUCAAAAGAUCUCAGCUGCAAUGGGGACUAGGACGCCCAAGCAGGUGGCGAGUCGAGUUCAGAAGUAUUUCAUCAAGUUGGUCAAGGCUGGCUUGGAGGCACCAGGUCGGAUGAAUUAUUCGUUGGAGACGUCCAAGGCCAAGACAAAAGGAGCGCCACCGGCUGCCAAAGGCAAGAAGCGGAAAGAUGGACCUGGAGGAGAGUCGGCACCCAAGGGCAAGGCAGGUCGACCAAGGAAGAAGGACCCUGGCGAGACUGGGGCAUCUGGGUCAGGAGCAGCAGCAGGAGGAGGUGGAGGCGGAUCGACCAAGAAGCAGAAGCCAAAGUCGUUGCUAGGAUCAGGAUCGGGAAGGACUUCGGGCACACAAUACUUGCAUUACUCUUCGGCACCGACUGUAUAUAUGAGCGAAGAGGAUGAUGAGGACAGUGUCCAGGAUAUGCUUGCUGCCAGUCAUACUGUCUCCAGCAGUGUGCCUGACGGUGGUAUCUCCAGUCAUGUUGGCUUCUCAUGUGAUUCGUGUGGAGUGGACCCGAUUCUGGGGAUACGGUACUCGUGCAUAGACUGUGAGGAGCUGGGAGGAACAGACUUGUGUGGACCUUGUUACAACUCUGGAGUUUACCACAACGAACUCCACCUGCUGUCGCAUCGGUUUCAUUCGAUCGAGGCCUCCGAAGUGCCGUCGUACAGUCACAGCCAGGCCUAUCGGCCGGCAAGUGUAGGACCCAGCGGGACCAGCGGCAUAUAUCAAUCAUAG